CCCUAGUCUCCGAGGGACCGGUGGGCAGACGCGUAGCGGCUUCCGAUCCGUGACAGUGACUACGUUUUCAUAGAGUAUUUUAUAUUAUCGUCAUAAAUUCGCGGUACAGCUGUAGGAUUGAGUGUGACUAGUGUGAGGUGUGCGAAGACGACAAUCGCCGGACAUCAUCAAAUACCGCGAGCAGACUGCUGCACGUCGAAGACACGAGACUGUGCGCUCGAAAAGCAUCAUAAAGAUCCGAGUCUCGUGCGGUUCAUAAAUCGAUAUAUUGUUGUGCUCAGCAGCGGACGGCACGAACGCGGGAAAAAUGCCGGCUAAAAACAAGGAACAAGAAAAAGAGAUGUUGGAGUGGAUUGGUAAUGUUUUGGGUGAGCCGAUUCCUGGAGGCGUCUCGUACGAGGAUUAUCUGAAGGACGGUGUUGUGCUUUGCAACCUCAUCAACAAGAUAGCCCCCGGAUCGGUGAAAAAAAUACAGACCAAGGGUUCAAACUUCCAGCUGAUGGAGAACAUUCAACGAUUUCAAGCGGCCAUCAAAAAAUACGGUGUACCGGAAGAAGAGAUUUUCCAAACUGCCGAUUUGUUCGAACGCAGAAACAUACCGCAGGUGACGCUCUGCCUUUACGCCCUCGCUCGCAUUACCCAAAAGCACCCGGAGUACACUGGCCCGGCAUUGGGACCUAAAAUGGCUGAUGCUAAUAAGAGAGAAUUUACCGAAGACCAGUUGAGAGCAUCCGAAGGUCACCUCAACCUUCAAAUGGGAUUCAACAAAGGUGCCUCUCAGUCGGGAUUGGGAUCUUUUGGCAACUCUAGGCAUAUGUAAUUGACAGCAACUUUGUAAAUCAAAAACACACACGCUCUACAAUGAUAUUAUACAUCUGCGUACUACUAUCACGAUGACUUGCUAAGAUUAUUCAAUUAUAUUUUGUUACUCGCGAAGAAGCGACAUUUUUAUUAUUAUAUAUUAUAUUUUUUUUU